AUGGCGGCCUCGACAUUCAUCUCGACUGCUACGCGAAGACUCCUUCGGCCACAAAUCAAUGCGAUCCCUCACACCACAUUGCCCAUUAUCCGAAUGCGAGCCUUCCACGGCCAUGAUUUCUUCUUGAAAAUCCAGCCUCUCCGAGACAAUCUCCUCAUGGCUGCUCCCCUCAUCGUCGCUUGUGGAACCGUCCUAUUGGUUGACGGAAUCUUCCCAAGCUAUGCUCGCCCAAUUCCAGCAGAGACGUCAGAGGCUGGGAUUGGUGAAAUCAGAAGCACUGCUGCACAAGAAGAAACCCGCAAGGAGGAUAGCGCUUCCAAAGAGCGAAAGCCGACGCAAUCAGAUAGAACCACCAACAAGCAAGAGGUGGUAAACAAAGGCCCUCUCUACGAACGGACAGCCAGAGGAGCAGAAACAGCUACCAUCCCCACCGCACUCGCUACCUGCAAAGGCUGCGAUGUCUGCUAUGGUGAAGGCUAUGCCAAAGGAUACGAUUACGGCUUUCAGGCGGCCGUCGAUCGUGGAUAUAGCUUUUAUGGUUAUGAAUUUGAGAAGAAGAAGGUUUGGAGCAAGGACUUUGCCAAAGGCUUUGCGGCUGGGUGCCAGAAGGGGUAUAAAGAUGCUUGGUUCGCUGCAACGACCAGCAGCUAG